AGUCCUUUAACACUGGUUGUGUUUCCAUCAGGGCCCUAGAUAACAUUAUUUAUAGGCAAAACAGCCUUCAGCAGUAAAGCACAGUCCCCCAGAUGGGUAGUAUAAGAAAGCAACACAUCAGGAUGCACCUUAAAGCAUGCUUAUUUAAACUUAAAAUUGCAGCUAGGAAGUGCUCCAAAGAACAUCAGAAGAAUUAUUUCGAAAGAUGGAAAGUUCAGUUGAAGAAAUGGAUACCUCUGAUACCCAGUGGGGCUGGUUUUAUUUGGCUGAGUGUGGUAAAUGGCAUAUGUUUCCGACUGAUUCAAACAGUCAUUGCUCAGUUAGCAGUGAAGAUAUUGAAAGGAGCUUCAGAACAAAUCCACAUGGUUCUCUGUCUUUUACUACUGCAAAAUUUAACUACGUGCUAGAUUUUUCAGUGAUGAAACAAACCAACCUAACCACCCUUAAACAACGUCCAAUAAAGCGAGCUCCCUUUUCUAUCAGUGCUUUCAGCGUCAUUUGUGACAAUGAAGCUAUCCCCGUUCCUUCACACUGGGAGAAUGUAAAUCCUGAGGAGCCAUAUCAGCUUAUUCCUUUGCAAAAGAAAACAAAUGAAUAUAUUGAAGUUUCUGGUCUCUUUGGAAAAACAAUGGAUAGCCACCGAAUUAAAAGAAUUAAGAGAAUACAAAAUCUAGACUUGUGGGAGUUUUUUUGCAGGAAAAAAGUUCAACUGAAGAAGAAAAGAGGUGUCCCAACUAUUAAUGAGCAGAUGUUAUUUCACGGCACCAGUAAUGAAUUUGUAGAAGCAAUAUGUAUUCAUAAUUUUGACUGGAGAAUAAAUGGGAUGCAUGCUGCUGUAUAUGGAAAAGGGACCUAUUUUGCAAGAGAUGCAUCAUAUUCCAGUCGUUUCUGCAAAGAGGACAUGAAUCACGGAAAUACCUUUCAAAUUCAUGGUGUGAAUCUGCAGUCUCAUCCACAUAGACCAGAUAAAGUCAUGUUUCUUGCUCGCGUAUUGACUGGUGACUAUAUCAAUGGUGAUUCAAAAUACAUGAGACCUCCUUCAAAAGAUGGAAGUUUUGUGAACUUGUAUGACAGCUGUGUGGAUAAUACCUGGAACCCAAAGAUCUUUGUUAUCUUUGAUGCCAACCAAAUCUACCCUGAGUACUUAAUAGAAUUUUGUUAAGUUUGAAAGGAGCUGAACUGAAUAUUUGUUUGUCUUCUUGAUACUUUUGUUCCUUUUGCGAAGACGACAAUAUAAAAACAUGAAGUGUGAAAGGAGGGAGGUGAAAGAAAAGCUAGCAUAUGUUUAUGGAGGAGGGAAGCUAUUAAAAGUUUGAGAGACUAUCCAGCUGUUAAGAUCUGUGAAACAAACUUUACUAAUGCCUUUUUCAGAUGUAGCAACUACUACAAAUCUGAAAGUGCUUAGUGAGCCCUAGAUACAUUGUGCAUUGGUAAGUUUUCAAAGACAAGAUUUAUGUAUAAAAAUAUAUUACAAGUAUUUAUUCAUGUAGUAAAAAAUGUUUCUUGAACAGGAUGUAUAUGAUGAAACUAACCUUUUAUAAAGAUUGUCUGUAGGACUUAAAGCUAAGCUCAGGUGACUUUACCUUUGUGUAUGUAUGUCUGUGUUCUGUAGUACACAUUGCUUUGCAGUUGGAGUUCUCUUGGUUUGAAUUCUAAACCUGCAAAAGAAAUCCAUCUGGAGACAACAGAUGAAGGACCUGCAGUUCA